GUCAUGGCAGAUUCCUGGAGAUGUAAACACUACUCAAAAGAUGUGUGGAUUUCAUUAUUUUCUUUAAUAAAUAAUGCUAUGAAGUCCGUUUAGACAAGAUAUAAUUAUGACUUUUAACAAAUAUUCAUUAUCAAGUCCAAAUUGAUUUCUCGAUGGCUUUAAAAGAUUUGUGAGCUCUUCUUUUGUGUAAACUGGAGUGGAAACUACGGACGCCGCCAAGAAUUAAAGGUUGGCAACGGUGUUGGCAUUGUAGAAUGUAGGCCUACUUGUAGCUUAGUUAAUUAGAAAGUCGCCAGUGGGAUGAUAUUUGAAAUAUUUAUUAUAAAUAAACGUAGAUGUAAUGCAUUCACACUGUUAAUAUAGAAAAAAAUAUUGCAGUAGCCUCAGUAGCCUACUGAGUCCAUUGUCCGCCUAUUAUUUUAUUAUUCAAAUUUAAAUUUAAUUUUAAAUUAAUUAUUUUAAUGAAUGAUAGUAAAUAUAAUAGUAAAAGUAAUAUAGUAAUAAUAAUACUGAUACCUCAACAUAAGUUAAGGACUUCGACGAGCUGGCUGAUAUUGGUAAUUGGACCUUAGUCUGUUUUGUGUUAAUAGUGAGAAUGAAGUUUGUACAGUACAGGCAUUGGCCAAAUUAGUAACACUGCUUCCUAAGCUUCUCUAGUGAAACAUUCUAUCAACACCAUAGAAAAGAAUGUUGAACCACUUUCAUAAGGCAAGCUUUAAGAAAAUCCUCAACAUCGAAUGGCAGGACAGGGUCCAGACACUGUGAUACUUGCACAGACAAGUCUCCCAACAUCUUAACCAUUUUAAUGCAGUCUCAGCUUUGUUUGGCAGGACAUUUUGUGGUAAUCUACCACUUGAGCGUCGGCCAAGAAAAAGUUCAGUUUUUCCGGUUUGAAGGGCUAUAUAAACAAUUAUUCUUACAUUGGAGUCUGUUAAUAUUUUUGCUUCCGUAUAGAGGCUAUUAAGUUAUAUAGCACAAAACUAAUACAUUUAAAUACUUAUUACUGCCAAGCUACCGAUAUGCCAAGAAGAAAAAGAGACAACAAUUGUUUUGUUUGAUCCAGAUGACGCGGAUGUCCACACACAGAAUGUGGAAAACGUGAAUGCUCAGAAAGCGUAAACUGAAAAGACAGUUUGGCACAAGAAGCGCCGGUGAUCUUUCCCCUUCAUAUAUACGUGGAUUCAUGUACCACAACCGUUUUCGUGGAAAUUAUAUUUUUUUAAACUUCAUUGUCAACUUGGGGGAUAACUAUGCAUAAUUCCAUUUUCACACAUUAUCUUCUAUUUCAAAAAAAUUGUUAUAGUUUUUCUAUUUAAAAAAAAAUUGUCUAUUAUUAUGGGAAUGAAUAAGUACAACCAAUGUCAUUAAAAAUAAUAUAAGAAUAGUUGUUUAAAUAGCCCUUCCAACCAGAACAGCUGGAUUUUUUCUUGGCCGACGCUCAAGUGGUAGAUUACCCAUUUUGUUGUGAGAAUGUCAGACGAAUGAUUUCCCAAAAUAAUAUUCUAUGGUUAACUCGAGCAUGGAAGGUGAUUUGCUGGUGCUCAGAAGAAAUGAUUUAAAAACAACAUGAACACCUCAAUGAAAGCAUUCGAUAUAGACCUGGACACAAGGGAAGAAUCUGCAAAGAUCAAGCAUUAUGCUGGGUUUUUUUUUUACACAAAGGCUUCACCCAACAUGAAGCCAACAGAACAGCAUCUAGAAAAUACAAAAGAUGGGGUGAAGGAAAAUUCCGGUUAACUCUGGAUCUUGAGAUGUCCCAUACAUACCCUGAACUUACUGCACAAGAACAACAUUUCGUGCCAGAAUCUGUCUCAUCAGUCAUCUGCGCACCUACAGCCAAGUUGGGAAUUAGGACAUAUACAAUGAUAAAUGUGAUCAUGGUUGAUUUUGACUCAUGGUAAUAAACUAUAUAUAUAUUAUUUAGGUAAGUUUAAGGACUUGAGGCAUUAUUUAACUUGUGUAAUUAUUUGGCCAAUAGCCUGUUUAAUCAAUUCUUCUUCUUCUAUAUAUUAAGGGCCUACGAUCAAUUUAUUGGUCAUUUUGGCUCCUAUGCAUAUAGAGGGGAUUUGCAAUGUUUCAAUAUUAUACUAUUUAUAGUAAGGACUGUCAUAUGCAUGAUGUGAGUCCAUAAUGGAUUGAUGGAAUUAUAUAAAUUUCAACAAUUUAUUGGCUUUCUAGGCUUAUUUCAACCAUUUACUUCCCAUUUCUCUGAGAAUUCUGUAAUUUUUCUUGAUAUUACAAAUAAAUUUUAUUACUCCUCUUUUAAAACACAAUGUAAUAUCCUAUAAUAAACCCACUGACAUAGUGUCUUAAUUUUAUUCGUUCUUCCACCCUAAAUACUGUAAAGUGUAAAGAUCCAUACCUUUCUGUGUUCACAAUUUCAUAGACUAAGUUGCCUUUGCCACUGUGUUGAAGACUUUCUGGAUAAAGCAAGUGAAAUAAUGGACUUUUCUGUUCCAAAUUUUAUCCUCGAACUGUACUGUGCUCAGCAGAGUCAGUACUACUACACAAAAUUGUGUGUUCAGUUCUUAUUGAAAUAAAAGUGAUAAGCUCAUCCUUACUUACCAUCCUUACAAUGUGACUGCCAAAGAAAUGUAUUUGAAAAAUAGUCACAUACUGCUGGCUGACCUUGACACAAAUGGAAUAUUCUCAUCUCCCACUCAAUCCCUAUUGCUAAGAAGCAGCAUCUAUGACCAUAUUUAACAGGGUCCAAAACAACUCCAACCUCUCAGAUACAUGUAUACAACUGAUAAUCUAACAGGCAUGCACAAUCAGUACACACCUGUACACUCACAGCAGGAGGCAUGGAACACCUUAUCAGAAAACCCAACAACUUAUACCUGAUUGUAAUUGUAUUGUGAUUUUUCUAUGCAUUUGAUGGCAGGGCAGGAGCCAAACACAAAACUCUUGAAAUGUGUAGUAUGCUAUGAACUUGAUGGCAUGCCAAGGAGCCAAACACAGUUGAAUGUUCUCCACUGUCAGUGACAAAUACUUUUUCUGGCUAAUCCAUACAUGAUAAGAAAGCCAGACCACAAUUACAAACGUCUGCUUUAUGCCGAGCUGACAUGGGGGGAGGGCUGAUUGGGCAUCCAUGUCUGCACUAUGUGUGCAAGAAAGCAGUAACAGCCACCAGCAUUAACACCAUUAAAUAGGCUAAGGAGGUGUGAAAACAAACCUUGCAGAAAGAAGAGCCAACAGUAAUAUAGAAUAAUUAUCUUUGCUAUUCACAAGUGCCAGUUUCUCUAUUAUCAGACUCUUGAGCCACUUGUUUAAGUGCCGAUAGGAAGUCAAAAUGAUGCCACUCUUAGAAGUUUCCGAUAGGAAGUCAAAAUGAUGCCACUCUUGGAAGUUUCCGAUAGGAAGUCAAAAUGAUGCUACAUAUGAAUUUCUUAUAUCAGUAAGAUAGCUUCAUGCACUUUUGAUCCAUUUUAUGAAGCGUCAUUCAAUUUGGAUGUUUCCCAUCAAGAUUAACCUUUUCCUGAUAUUAAAAUCUUUAGAUCUUACUUUGUAGGAUUUCUCUUUUGAAUUUUUCACUGCAAAUUGUUUCAAGGGAAAGAAUAUUUAUCUCUGUCACAGGUUUAUUUGUUAACUUAAUUAAUGAAGAGAAGGAAGUUAGUAAAUAAAUUUAGAAAUUUUACUUACACAUUAAAAAAAUACAAAUUGAUUUUGGUUUAUACCUUUGGCUCAAAGUUAAGGAUGUAUUUUGCUGCAACCUUGAGGAUUGUUUGGAAACUCUAGGGUGCUGUGGAUCACAGCUGUAAACUGCUGAGCAAGAAUAAAAAUGUGCAUAGCAUGUGAAACUUCCUGGUCGCUUAGAAACAGUUAUCUUCUAGUUUUGAUUUUAUUCUGUCCGUGAAAAUGUUUCCCAAAUGUAUUGCUUUAGAUUUGGAAAUGAAGAUAUCUUUUUUAUUUUAAAAAUUGUAAAAUAAAUUAAUAUUUGAUUUCUAUUUUUUCUCUCAAAUUUUACUAUUAUAAGGUGUGAAAAUCGGAUAGAACCUCAACCAUGGCAAAUUUAAUUCAAGAUGAGGAAACACUGCAGCUGGUGAAUUUGUCUAGAGUAGCAACAUUGUACUUAGAUAAGCUGGAGCGAUACGACAGCCAAGAACUAUUAUCGUAUAGCAUGGCACACUGGCUACUCUCCAAUGAUAUCUUCAGGCUCCCAACAGAACAAUUGCAGGGAUUAAUUUCUGAGAUGCAUCCUAAAGAUAACACUGCAGUCUUGUUGUUUCCACUUGAUGGAACAGUACCUCAGCUGUGUUACAGGUUAGUUGGACUUUUUUCCUCUAAUUUUUAAGUUCUGCAUUAUUUCAUAUGUUACAACUGGAAUUUGUUUACUUUCAGAGAAUUUCACAACAUAGUCCGAGAGCUAACCAUGGGAAUCUAUGUAAUGCAUCAAACACCAAUGAUUUCUCUCGAGGCAAAUUUUGACCAGGCAACUGCUUGUCAAAUUCCACCAGCGUAUAUCAACACUCGCGUGGGACAGCUGUUAAUUGCUGUAGACUACAUGAUGAAAGGCAUGUGGCAUGGGGCAUUUUUCCCCAGAGAAAAACGUACCAAAUUUGGAGAAAGAUGGCGAACAAAUCUAGAUGUUAAUAGUUUAGGCAAAGCCGAGACUAAGAAACCUCUUCUUGGGGAAUUUAUCAGUGCAGGUAAUAUUUAUCAAUUUAUAUUAUCUUUUGACAACCGAAUUAAUUUUUUUAAAGUUCUUUUCCUCGAGCUUAUAAUAUACAAAUUACGCAAAAUUUAUUUGCAUUAUUAGGUUUCAAAUAGCAAUCUAUUACUUUUUACAAACUAGGGCAAAUUUAAGCAUUUUCAUAAUAUUACAGUACAGUUUCAUUCGCUGUUAGGUACGUGACAUUGAAAUAAACUAUAAUUCACUUUUAUUGCAAGACAGAAAGAUACCAAUUUGAUUUAUCUUUAUCAUCUUUAGGUCUAAUGGACAUCACAAAGGAUCCAGAUUUUGCCAAUAUAUAUGAAAACAUGCCUACAGAACUGCCAGAUGAUAAGGAACAACUAGAAGAGCUGGAAUUUUUCAUGAGUCAUGUAGAAAACCUCAGCAUGAGAAUGACAUUUACUCAGAAUGAGAUUCUUUUUCAUCAAAACUUAUAUAUUAUUGAGUAAGAUUUACACUACACAAUCAUUGUUUGUCUUUUUGUGAACAAUCCAAUGACAGCUUUUCUUUGAAUGCACAUACACUUUUUGUAAUAGCAAAAUGGGGAAAUAUAUGUCCUCUUAAUUUUAAACUUUAAUUGAAAUGUCAAAAUUCAUUACAGAAGGCAUGCAACUUAUUUGUUAAUUCAUUUUUAUUUGCUUUUACAUUGAUUAUAAUCUUAGUUUCAAACAUAAUUUCAAAUCACUUACAGAAAAAAAGAAAAAGUAUUACUAUAUUAUUCAUAGAUAGCAUGAGAUAAAAAAAAAUUAUUUAACAUUAGGUAGGUAUUCAGAUUCAAAAUUAUUUUAUUUUCUACAAUCAAUGAAAAGAACUUUUAACACAAGCUUAAUUUACUGUAGUUAUGUAAACUGAUUCUCUCACUAGAUUUUCUUACCCAGUUUUAUGAUCAAUCCAUCAGUUCUAAGUAUCAAGUGUCCAGUAUUGUACGUCUCAUGGACACCCAAAUCGAUCAUACUGGCUAUGAGCGUCUAAAGACAAAGCUUCAAAUGCAAGAGGAUGUUAUUCAGGUAGUUCCUAUAUAAAAAUGAAAUAGAAAAAAAUAAAAUGUAGCUUAUAGUUUAAAUCUCAUAAUCUUAAAUUGAACCAUGAAAAGAUUAAUUUCAUUUUAAUUACAAAAUUUGAUGUAUUUUUUGCCAUAAAAAGUAUUGUUUAAAUGCAAACUUUUUUGUUUAGAAAUCACUAAGUGCUAAAACAGAAACGCGAAGGCAGCUAGAGCUACUUAAGCUCAUCAGUUACCUUGUGCCUUUCUUGCUUGGCAUGCGCAAGAGGAUGAGAAUCCCUGAUAUUAAUAAGCUUCUGCCUCCCUUCACAAGUAAGUUCAUUAUUCAAAUGGACCUCAACAGUAGCUGAUAAAAAAAUUGACUUUGUUUAUACAUCAGUGAUCUCUGAUUCUUUCCUACAAUAAUGUUAACCUGUUUUAAAAAAAAUGUAAUUUUCAUAGAACCUCUAUUGAUUUGUAAUGAUAGGAUUAGGGAUUUUUCUACACACUAUGAAUUGCUGCUUUUCACAUCGCAUGGUUCAAGAAUAAAAUAUAAAACAAUAAAACUCCUGGUUCCGAUGUUCCAGUUUGACUUUUGUAACUGUUUGCUAAGCAACUUGAAGGAAAUGAUUCAAAUUGACCUUCCUUAUACACAUCUCUUUUUGUUUUUUGAAAGAAAUAAUUUCAUUCUAUGCUUAUUGCCUAGGCCAGUUAUUCCUGUUAACCGUUUGUCUGUCACAGGUUGCUAAAUGCUAAUAAUAGUUGCGUUCCUGCAGGUGAUGAAUGUCGAACAGAGCGGGAACUUCCACCUUUGAUGGUCGGCCAAGACUUCAAGUGUAAAAAUUUUAUGGCAACUGAUAGUUAUUUUCAUCUGCAUGGAGGUGAGCUGAACAUAGUACAAAUAUGCAUUGGGUCCUGUGGAGGUGAGCUUAACAUUGUUAAAAUAUGCAUUGGGUCCUGUGGAGGUGAGCUGAACAUAGUACAAAUAUGCAUUGGGUCCUGUGGAGGUGAGCUUAACAUUGUUAAAAUAUGCAUUGGGUCCUGUGGAGGUGAGCUGAACUUAGUUAAAAUAUGCAUUGGGUCCUGUGAAGGUGAGCUGAACAUUGUUAAAAUAUGCAUUGGGUCCUGUGGAGGUGAGCUGAACAUAGUUAAAAUAUGCAUUGGGUCCUGUGGAAGUGAGCUGAACAUUGUUAAAAUAUGCAUUGAGUCCCAUGGAGGUGAGCUGAACAUUGUUAAAAUAUGCAUUGGGUUCUGUGGAGGUGGAGGUCCGCUGAACAUUGUUAAAAAAUAUGCAUUGGGUCCUGUGGAGAUGAGCUUAACAUUGUUAAAAUAUGCAUUUGGUCCUGUGGAGGUGAGCUUAACUUAACAUUGUUAAAAUAUGCAUUUGGUCCUGUGGAGGUGAGCUGAGCAUACUUAAAGUAUACUUUGAGUCCCACAAAAUAAGACCUGAAUAAGUCAGACAUUGCAUGAAUUUAAAAAGAAUAAUAAGGGGGUGGGGGUGGAGAAUGAAAUCAGGUUUAUGUAAGUUUUAAUGUUUAUAUUUGUGUUAGUCUUUCUUUGUUCACUGAAGAAGGCUUCUUGCCCAUACGUUUGUUGUUUUGUUUUAUCCUUCUCUGCAGGUUUUACCAUACAUUGUUUGACAAAUUUAAUUUCCUUAAUAAAUUUAAAACUUGUAUAUUUAUUUUAUGUAAAUUCACUCUCCAUGUUAAUUUCAUUGAUUUUGUGACAUAUCAUAUGGUUCCUUUAGUUAAUGUUUUUAAAAAUGUAUCUAUCAAUUAAUUUUGUUAUACUGUAGGUAAAUAAUAUGCCAAUCUUUGACAUGUUUCAAACAAAAAGUACACAAAUAAAAUAGGACAUUCCUACUUUGGGCUAACUGACCCAUUUAAAAUAAAUAAAAUUAAAAAUCAGAAGAAAAAAAUGAAGAAAAGAAGUAAAUUUAUAAUUAUCUGAAAUAAGAUGUUUUGACUUUGAAAAACUAUUUGAUUUUAAAUGAGAGCAUUGGAUGACACAUACACUCCGAUUCAAUGGGUACACUUAAUCACACCUCACAGUCUUGUUUAACUGGAGUCCUUUGUUACACUUACAUUCUAGUUUACUCAAAAGGCAGACUAGAACUAUGUUUGUUUCUUGCAUCUGUAGGACACAUUUAUUGAAUUCACAAAUGAUAACACAAGUGUGUCCUCAAACUGCUCUUGCCUCUCUUAAAUCGAUGAAAUAAAUUGUUGUUUUUUUGGUCUUGUUGACAGGUAUAAACAUUGAUCUAGAAACUGACUCGAUGAAACCUGCCAGCAAAUGUUUUACAGACCACUAUGUUAGCAUCUCUGAUGUUGCUGUGAAAGAGUUAUAUCUUCAUUUGAAUCCAGAGCAACAGCGAGUCAGAGAUCACUACCCCAUACCUACUGUGGAAAUUGAUGGAAAACAGUAAGUUUCUCAGGAAACAUUAUGACAUGUUGACUUUCAACAAAAUUAAUGUAGCCAAAAAAAACUUGGUUUUAAAGUCAGUUUUAUACUUGAUCUUUAAACAAAUUUUUUUUUUCUAAUUAAAACUCUGUGUUACAAAAUAUCAGCAGAGAUAAGAGAUAAUUUCAUGCAAAUUGUGAAAGAUUGUGUAAGAAUAUUUAGGAUUGUUUAAGAUUGUGUAGAAUGUGUAAGAUUUAUAAGAAUUUUAAAGAUUGUUUAAGAAUAUGUACUAAUAUGUAAGGUUGUAUAAAAUUAUGUAAGAUUGUGUUAGAAUGUGUUAGAUUGUGUAGAAUGUGUAAGAUUGUUUUACAUUGUGUAAGGCUGUGUAAGAAUAUUUAAGGUUGUGUAAGAUUGUGCAAUCUUUUAGAGGGGGAAUCUAAACAAAGAAGCAGAUCACAAUAUAAUACCUGUCCUAAUUUUGUCUUUAAAAAAAUAAAUCUCUAAUAGUGUCCUCCAUAGAUCUUGUUUAACAUGAAGAUUAACAUGAAGAUUAAAUCUGGCUAUACCCAUUGCCGGACCUGAAGUAUUAUAAUGUUGUUAGGCACCAUUUAGAGUAUUCUUGUGGACUGCGAUAAAAUAAAAUACAAUUGACUGGCUUAUUGAAAUCUUGUUUAACAGAUACUACGCGCUAGUGAUAGAGUUUGAAACAUUUUAUGGAGUUUCACCUCACAAGCCCUUAUGGGUCAGGGCAUUUAGUGAUGAAAUGGAUAAAAUGAAACCGAAACGACUCCCUCUCACAGACAUCCAAAUGUAUGAACAGUUCAAAAAGAAUUUUGGAGCCAAAAAAUCAAUAAAAUACAAGGUAAAAAAAGGCAAAGACUCAUCAUGUAAAGUUAAUUUUUUUAAUCAUCAUCAAUGGUGCCACAUCCCAUGCAGGGCUCUGGCCUGGUUCCAUUCAGACCAGUCCGUGGCUCUUUAAUCUGGCAUCAUCUUGAUGGGUCCUGUCCAGUUUAAUUGUCCUGACAAUGAAUGUAUCUUCAUACAACUUGUAUACUGUAUUUCUUGAUGUGUUUAAUUUGUCCAUCCAUCGUUAUUCUGUAUAGGCCUGCAUAUUUUUUGAGAACUUUUCUCUCCCAUGUAUUGUGCAGGUGUUUGAUUUUCUUCGUGAGGGUCAAUGUCUCAUUUGCAGACAUUACUAAUGGUCUCAUAAUGGUGAGGUAAAUUGUUUUCUUUAUUUCCCUUGAGAGAGGGUUUCUGCUUCCUAUUAAGUUUUGUAGAGUGAAGUAUGAAUGGUUUCCUACUGAUGUCCUUUCCUUCAGGUCCAUCCGUAGAUCAUUGACCUCAUUUGUGGUAGCUUCUUGGUAUUUGAAAGCAUCCACUCUCUCCAAGGUUUGGUUAUUUAUUUUGAUGUUAUCAUGUGUACGUCUGUUGCAUGACAUCAAGGUGUAUGUCUGUUGCAUGACAUCAAGGUGUAUGUCUGUUGCAUGACAUCAAGGUGUAUGUCUGUUGUAUGACAUCAAGGUGUAUGUCUGUUGCAUGACAUCAAGGUGUAUGUCUGUUGCAUAACAUCAAGGUGUAUGUCUGUUGCAUGACAUCAAGGUGUAUGUCUGAUGCAUGACAUCAAGGUGCAUGUCUGUUGCAUGACAUUAAGGUGUCUGUCUGUUGCAUGACCUCAAGGUGUACUUGGUCUUUGCUUCAUUCCCCUCUAAUCCUGCCUCAACCAAUUCAUCGUCGAAUUCAUUUAAAGCGUUUACUAUGUCAUUAUUUCUGCACAGUCAAGCUGUUUUGUAUGCAUAUUUUUCUAUAUAAUGUUCCUUUGGUUGUGUUACAUUUCUCUGGAAAUAAUUUGUAAUAGUAUGUUUCUAAUGUGAUGUUUAACAUGUUUAAUUUGGUGUUUUUUAAUUAAGUUUUCAUUAAAAUCUUUCAUGUGACAAAGUGACUUCUAGCUAUUCUAAGUAUUAUGUUUUGAAUAAUCUAUUCUUUUGGAUUAAGUGUGACAAAAUAUUCUGUUCCACGGUGAAUUUUGAAGAAAAAUAAUAAUUAUUUUAAAAGUAACAAAACUUUAAUGUUUUGUUUGAGAGAUUGUUCUGCAAAUACUUUGCUCACGCAUUUUUGUCACAAAUAUUGUCUUAAGAAAUUCUUCGUGCUUGAAUAAAUACUGUAUAGGAUAUUAACAAGUCUUAGUAUGUGUUUUAAAGAUUUACUCAUAGGAAUUUUAAUAUUGGCUAAAAUAGUGAUUGAUCCAUAAGCUUGUUAGCACUUAAAUAGCAUAACUCAUAUAACAAUACAACACUGUGAUUCAGUUUUUGUUUCCUUUGGCACAAGAGUUAUACAAAAUGUGUUGUGAUUCUUCCAAGUAAGGUUUAAAAUCGUUAUAGAUAUCUUUGAGAAAAGACAUCUAAUCUCUCAAUUAGUAAAGUCAUUAAACUUCACUUAUUUAAAAUUUUAAGAAUAAAAGUUUUUAAAAAUUCCAAUAGAAUUAAAUAAGAAAUGACAUUAUAAGAUGUAAUCAAAUAAAAGACAAAUAUUUUAAGCUUCCCAUUUCUUUCCUCACGUUUUUCCAUAGACCCCAAUUUCUGGAAUUAAAGUUUGUGCACAAAGAGGUCUCAUCUCAAUGUUUAAUGCACUGACCAGGAAGAUAUCUGCUACCCGAAUCACCAAGCAAGAUGAACAGGGUCUAUCACUCAUACACCAUGCAGCAAUCUUCAACAGACCUCAAAUCAUCACAUUACUUCUGUUGUUGUCCACAGAUGUCAAUGUUCGCAGAAAUAACAUCAUGUCAACAGGUAAAAGUAACAUCAUGUCAGCAAGUUAUUAUAAUAUUAUGUCAAAAAGUUAUUAUAACUUUAUGUCGAGUUAUUAUAACAUUAUGUCAACAAGUUAUUACAUCAUCAUGUCAACAAGUUAUGAUUACUUUAUGUCAAGUUAUUAUAAAAUUAUGUCAACAGUUAUAAAUAAUUUUAUGUCAAUAACUAAUAAUGCUGCUGCACCUUAUUUUCAUAUUCAAGAUAUUUGGAAGCAAAUCAGAAUUAUUAAAUUUUUUUUUUUUUUUGGUUUUCUUGUCCCAUAAACAAUUUACAAGUCUUUUCAAUGUUGAAAUUCAAUAUAUCCUGUAAAUCAAAACUGCUGGGAAAACGCAAAAAUUUAAAUCAUUGAAGACAUACAGUUCUAUUACUGUAGUUCUAUAAAUUUGACGGUAAAAUUUAGUUUGGUGAAAUUUUAAGAUUGUAAUAAAAUCUCAAAUGUCUUUCAAAUCAUAAGAAGGCUGGGAAGGAUUUUCUUAUUGUGCUGAUUAGUACAAUGGGAAAAUAGGCCAGGUGGCAUUCUAAACUUAUCAUAACAACAAAUAAUGGGAGUGUGAAAAAUGUGUUACUCUAGGACUCUGAAAAUAGUUUUAAUAAAAAAGUUUGUCUGAUUCCAGACAAAAAACAUUUAGACUCUAUAUCUAAUUGUAGACGCAUUUUUAUAUUUCAGUUCAAAGAAAUAUAUUUAGGACAUCAUUAAUAUUAUAUCAGAAGAAAAUAAGUUAUAUCAUAAAAGAAAAUAUCAUAUGCCAUUAUGAGUGAAAGAUCUCUUUAUGUUUCCAAUUUCUGAAAUGGAUUUUUUCGUUUUUGAAAUGGGCACUCAUCUGUCAUUGAUUAAAAACAAGGAAAUAUGAUUUUAAAUAUCUCAAAGAUCAUCCAUGCAUGUCUAUACUGUAUAAUAAAUUUAAACCAUCCCCAUUUAUCACAUUUCAUCACAUUAGUAUUUGCAUGAUUUGAGCUCUUGGUUAGAGUUUGUAAACAAACUGAGCCCUGUUAGUCCUUGAAAUUCAUUUGUUUGUUUUCUAAUCUAGCUUAUCUUAAAGCCACCCUAGAUUUAAAAGAACAAAGAAGUAGCAUAGAGCUUUCCCUUGUUAGGAGUGAAUUAAAAAAACUGGACAAAAAUGACGGUAUUCGUUCAGUGCAAGGUUUCAGUUUCUGAUUGGCUUUCAAUCAAAUUUUGUGUUCUACUUUAUUCUGUGCAGACAAUUUUGUGUCCGACUUUAUUCUGUCAGACAAUUUUGUGUCUUACUUUAUUCUGUGCAGACAGUUUUUUUAUUUUUUUAAAAUUGUUAAAGUUUUAUUUAAGUUUUAUACACAUGUAAAUAAGAUUGAAGUUGAGUUAAUUCUGCUUCUAAGUUGACAAAUUUUUCUGUUGUUUAAAUAACAUGUCUGUUUUAAAUUCUUUCUUUAAAAAAGAUAUUUCAAAACCAAUUUCAAAUAUUUUAGUGACAUAUUAUCUUCAUUGAUAGACAUUGAAUAACAAAUUAUUUACAGUUAACUCAAGAUAAUUUCAAAUGAAAAAGAUGUCUUAUUAAAAUAAUUAAAGAAAUUUAUGAAAGAAUAACUCUGAUGCUUGAUAAUAAAAUUUCUUGACAAAAUAUAGGACCUACAGCUCUUCAUAUGGCCGCAAGAUGUGGAUCUCUUGAUGCAGCUAGCUGUCUCAUAGCUAAUCAUGCCAGUCUUUUAGCUAUUGACCAAGAUGGCUGGGCUCCCAUUCACUAUGCGGCUUUCUUUGAUCAUCAGAUUAUUGUCAAACUAAUGUUGCGAAAGAGCUCUGAGCUUUUGGAACUUACAACAAAAAAUGAGUAGGUCAACUGAGAAAAACUUGUAAUAAAGAUCAAUUUAUUGUAGCUGUGAUGGUCGACACUCAACAAACUUGGUUCUUUUAAAAGAUAGAUACUUUGUCAAGUUAAAUUUAACGCCAUCCAUAAAUAGAUACUUUGUCAAGUUAAACUUAACGGCCAUCCAUAAAUGCAUACUUUGUCAAGUUAAACUUAAGGGCCAUCCAUAAAUGACAUCAUGCUAUUUUGGCAGAUUUUUAUCCCCCCCCCCUCUUUCCCCCCUCCACCCAUUAUCACAAAAAGUUUGUCCUUCCUCCAAUUUUAUGUUCUUAGAUUCCUAUAAUAUAAAAUCAAUUACCUUGAGUACAACAGAUAAUUCUCCCAUCCACUACUGUGUGUGUUGCAACCUUUUGUUUACAAACCAAAAGAUUUGACUCCCUUGGAUAUUGAAUGAUUGCAUUUGCAUCAGAAACACUUCUAGAACAUUUACUAAGAUUAUAUCUUCCUGAUCAACUAUUUUUUUGGGGUCUUUCUCACUUUACGCAUCAAUAAGUCUCAGACACCAAUCUUCUACUUUUGUGACAUAAUUUAUAUCAUUGCCUCUUCAAAUCUUGAUAACUUGAUCAACCCAGACCAAUGGUCAGAGCCCAUUUCCGACAUAAAAUACCUUUUACCCUUUUACCAGUUGCCCACAGAACUGAUUUGCUCAUUUAUAAUGAUGGUGAUCAUAGUUUAAAUAUGAAAACAUUGAAUCAAAAUAAAUCAAACAGCAAACAAACAACACUCUUACAACAAUCAAGCAACAAUCUUACAACAAUCACACAUUGAGAAAGUUUAAGAAUAAAAAUGUAAUUAUGAAAAUUGAUGUGUAAAGAAUAAAUAAAGUAUGGUAAAAAAUACUGACAAUCUUUUUAAAUUAAGUUCUGCUUUUGAUGUGGCAUCACAUUACUUAACACCUCCCUCCCCCCAUCCCCCAGUCUGUAACCCUCUCUCCCUAGAUGAUUGUUGUCAUUUAUGGAAUGACCCCUUGAUAAUCUUACAUAAGAAAAUAAGUUUAUUACUCCCAGGUACUGACACUAUUUAAAAAUAUAAUUAUGAAAUAAAUUUAUGUAGAAGCCCACCGUGCACCAUUUCAGUUUCAGUGAGUUUAAAUGUUCAUGAAUAGUUGUAGUUGAAGCAUUGCAUUUUGUUUGAAAGAGCAGGCAUGUACAUAUAAAAGGAGAGAGAGAGAGAGACAGAGCAGAUAAAUAUCUCCGAUGCCGAUAACAUGUGAUUUUUCUAAAAAUGACAGAUUAUCCUCCACGCCUCUACUACUUGCGGCAAGCUCAGGAGCACUAACAUCAGUCAAAGUCAUUAUAGAUUUUGGUGCCAACAUCAGGGCAGACGAUGGGGAGGGCAACAACCUGGUCAUGCUAGCAGCACUCCGCUUUCAUACCUUUGUGUUAGAGUAUCUCAUUGACCUCGAGCAUGCAGAUAUUCCUGUCUGGUCUGUUCUAGUUGGUAGGUGUUGUUGUAGAUGAGUUUUCUGGGUCAUGUUCGUUGGUGAUGUGUUUGUCAUAAAUUGAAAUUCCUAUGUAAAAACAAUAAAAGUGUUAUAACAAAAAGGAAAGGACUAUUAUUCAUAUCUUCACUUAAGACAGCCGUUCUCAACCUGUGGGUCAUGACCCCUUUGGAGGUCGCCUAGGACCAUCGGAAAAUAAAUAUUCAUGAAGAAGCAAUGAAAAUAAUUUUAUGUUAGGGAGUCAACACAACAUGAGGAACUGUAUUAAUGGGUUGCGUCAAUAGGAAGGUUUAGAACACUUGAUUUAAGUCAGAUGUGCUCAUACCAUGAUCUAAUUAUAAUAACCCUUCCAGCUAUGCUAAAUGAUGAAAGUCUGGUUAAAAAAGAAAGUGCAGUGAAAUGCCUUGAAAUUCUCUCAACUUCUAAGCCAGCACAUUGGAAGAACAUUCUCGAUGCUGGUAAGAUUAGAAAAACAGCUUGUUUUUAAAACUAGAAAACUUUUAUUUAUCUUGAAAGUGGACAUUCAUUUUGCCCAAUGCACAUAGAUGAACAUUGUUUCUUCAAAAGUUUUCAAGUAAAUUAUUUGAAUUAACAAUCUUUAAGUUGAACAAUGUAGGUUAUCUCUCUCUAACAUAAAUCUGUCAUAUCCAAUACACUUUUAAAUUUGCCCUUAAAAGGUCAAACAAUGUAGAUAUCUCUCUAAAAUAAAUCUGUCAUAUCCAGUACACUUCUAACUUUGCCCCAAAAGGUCGAACAAUGUAGAUAUCUCUCUAACAUAAAUCUCUCAUAUCCAAUACCCUUCGAACUUUUCCCCAAAAGGUGGCAUCCCGGCUUUGGUGAAACUGUUGCACAUUGAAGUGGCUGAGUUACAGUCAGUGGUGGCUUCUGUCAUCUGCAACAUCUCAGAGCAUGACAGUGUUCGGCAUGCACUUUCCAGGGCUAACGCUGCACCUGUCCUCAUCAAAUUGUUGAGUUCAUCCAUAGAUGAUGUUCAUUCCCGAGCGGCCAUCAUUCUUUCCGAUCUCUGCUGUGUGGAGCAAAAUCAGGUCGGUUUGUUUUCCAAGUGAACACUUAGUAGACGUUUUUCCACUGAUGUCAUAUAUUUUAAAUUUAAGUAAGCACUGACUGAUCAUUAAAAUGUUUCCAAUACAGUUUCAGAUCACCUCAUUUAUGUUACAACUUAAAAUGAUUAUAUUUCUGAGUUUUUUAUAUGAUAAUAUUCUGACUUGAUCUGUGUUUGCAGACGCUGAUUGCUGAAUGUGGUGGUAUCCCUCCAUUGGUCAGACUGCUGGAGUCUGAGCUUGAAGAUGUUUUGGUCAAUGCCGUUAACUGUAUACGGGUUUUAUGUUUAGGAAAUCAUGACAACCAAGAUGCCGUGGCUGAGUGUGGGGGGCUAGAGCCACUCGUUGAGUUUUUAGAAGUUCCUUCAGGUAUGUUGUGCCAUUUGUCAUUUGUGCUGACAGAAACACUGUUUAAAUCACUAUUAUUUACCAUUCACUUCCAUUGAUACUGACAGAAACACUGUUUAAAUCACUAUUAUUUACCAUUCACUUCCAUUGAUACUGACAGAAAAACAUUGAUUAAAUCAAUAUUAUUUACCAUUCACUUCCAUUGAUACUGACAGAAACACUGUUUAAAUCACUAUUAUUUACCAUUCACUUCCAUUGAUACUGACAGAAACACUGUUUAAAUCACUAUUAUUUACCAUUCACGUCCAUUGAUUCUAAUAAACACUGUUUAAAUCACUAUUAUUUACCAUUCACUUCCAUUGAUACUGACAGAAACACUGUUUAAAUCACUAUUAUUUACCAUUCACUUCCAUUGAUACUGACAGAAACACUGUUUAAAUCACUAUUAUUUACCAUUCACUUCCAUUGAUACUGACAGAAACACUGUUUAAAUCACUAUUAUUUACCAUUCACUUCCAUUGAUACUGACAGAAACACUGUUUAAAUCACUAUUAUUUACCAUUCACUUCCAUUGAUACUGACAGAAACACUGUUUAAAUCACUAUUAUUUACCAUUCACUUCCAUUGAUACUGACAGAAACACUGUUUAAAUCACUAUUAUUUACCAUUCACUUCCAUUGAUACUGACAGAAAAACAUUGAUUAAAUCAAUAUUAUUUACCAUUCUCUUCCAUUGAUACUGAUAUACACUGCUUAAAUCACUAUUAUUUAUUAUUUACUAAGUUGGCCCGAUGACUCUGCCAAUUUUACAAGCAUCCUUUGUUAUCAUGUUGAUAUUCCUAAUCUUUCCAACAGAAGAUCUUCAAGCUGGGGCAGCAGCAGCUUUAGCAGCUUGCUGUACGAAAAAUGUAGAAAACCAAAAUGCUGUCAUUAAUGUAGAUGCCCACAAGUAAGGAACUGACCUAUUUUAAUGUCAUCAUUGGUGGGCUUUAGUGUCAUCAUUGGUGGCCUUUAAUGUCAUCAUUGGUGGGUUUUAGUGUCAUCAUUGGUGGGCUUUAAUGUCAUUAUUGGUGGGCUUUAGUGUCAUCAUUGGUGGGCUUUAGUGUCAUCAUUGGUGGGCUUUAGUGUCAUCAUUGGUGGACUUUAGUGUCAUCAUUUGUGGGCUUUAAUGUCAUCAUUGGUGGGCUUUAAUGUCAUCAUUGGUGGGCUUUAAUGUCAUCACUGGUGGGCUUUAAUGUCAUCACUGGUGGGCUUUAAUGUCAUCAUUGGUGGACUUAAGUGUCAUCAUUGGUGGGCUUUAGGGUCAUCAUUGGUGGGCUUUAAUGUCAACAUUGGUGGGCUUUAAUGUCAUCAUUGGAUGGCUAAUUACAGUAGUGACCACCCGAAUAAUGUCAUCAUUGGUGGGCUUUAAUGUCAUCAUUGGUGGGCCUUAAUGUCAUCAUUUGUGUGCUUUACUGUCGUCAUUGGUGGGCUUAAAUGUCAUCAUUGGUGGGCUUUAAAUUGGUGGGCUUAAAUGUCAUCAUUGGUGGGCUUAAGUGUCAUCAUUGGUGGGCUUUAUUGUCAUCAUUGGUGGGCUUUAGUGUCAUCAUUGGUGGGCUUUAAUGUCAUCAUUGGUGGGCUUUAAUGUCAUCAUUGGUGGGAUUUAAUGUCAUCAUUGGUGGGCUUUAAUUUGGUGGGCUUUAAUGUCAUCAUUGGUGGGCUUAAGUGUCAUCAUUGGUGGGCUUUAGUGUCAUCAUUGGUGGGCUUUAGUGUCAUCAUUGGUGGGCUUUAAUGUCAACAUUGGUGGGCUUUAAUGUCAUCAUUGGGGGGUUUUAAUGUCAUCAUUGGUGGGCUUUAAUGUCAUCAUUGGUGGGCUUUAAUGUCAUCAUUGGUGUGCUUUAAUGUCAUCAUUGGUGUGCUUUAAUGUCAUCAUUGGUGGGCUUAAAUGUCAUCAUGCCACCCGAAAUUACAGUAGUAACGUGGGCUUUAAUGUCAUCAUUGGUGUGCUUUAAUGUCAUCAUUGGUGUGCUUUAAUGUCAUCAUUGGUGGGCUUAAAUGUCAUCAUUGGUGGGCUUUAAUGUCAUCAUUGGUGGGCUUUAAAUUGGUGGGCUUUAAUGUCAUCAUUGGUGGGCUUUAAUGUCAUCAUUUGUGGGCUUUAAUGUCAUCAUUGGUUGGCUUUAAUGUCAUCAUUGUUGGGCUUUAAUAUUAUAUUAAUGGGCUUUAAUGUCAUCAUUGGUGGGUCAUCAUUGGUGGGCUUUAAUGUCAUCAUCGGUGGGCUUUAAUGUCAUCAUUGGUGGGCUCAAAUUUCAACAUUAGGGGCUGUAAAGUCACAUUGGAGUCAACAUUGUUAGGCUUAAAUAAACUUUAAUGUAUUCAUAAUAGGGGUCUAAUGUCAUCAUUGGACGGGUCUAAUGUCUUCAUUGGAGGGGUUUUGAGACAAAAGGCAUUGAACAAGAUAAUCUAACCCCCAAAACAAUCUUGAUAUUUUCUGACGCAAUAAAUCCAAGUGAAUGACAUCAAUGCCUCUGAUUGCAGACCUUUGGUUGAGCUGAUUCGUGGCAGUCGUAGCACCACAGUGCAAGUCAAAGCAGCAAGCGCCCUGGAAGCCUUAGCCAGCUUAAAUCCAUAUUGUCAAAAGAAGUUUUUACAGCUAGAUGCACCAAAAGCUCUUAUUAGACUUUUAAAAGUUGGUAACAUUUUUUUUCCCUUAUAUUCUUAGAGGAGUUUAUCCAUAAUGGACAAUAGGUUUACCAAUGUCCACGACAUUGCUAAAUUUUAUAUUUUAGGCUUUCUAAAACAAAAAGCCGGUGUGAUCGUCUUCAUGAUAUAAGUAUACAUUAUUCAGAGCCAAAAUCAGUGAGAAUUGUAGGCUAUAUUAUAUUCUUUUUGCAUUUAUUAUUUUUCUCUAGCUGGACACUUUAUAUCAGGGGUCUCAAACUCAAAUCAUCCAGGGGCCGCAGGUGUCAGAGUCUGAGUGAGACUGGGCCGCAUCAAGUAGUCCACAAAACAGCGAUUACAAAUUCAACCUUGAAUAAUAACAAAUAAAACUUUAAGGGUUUCGAGAACUAGGCUUCACUUUCUUCCUCCUACUGCUUGUUGCCAGAGGCCUGACAGCGCAAGUGACUAAGCUGACAUGUUCGGAAUUUCCCUCACUCGUAAACAUUAGCCGCAAUUUUAAUAGGGAUUCUUUAAUACUGUGUCAGAGCGCUACGAUGUACACAAUUAUGGUUGUGCUUUACCUACUAAAUGACUUUUAAAAAUUUUAAAUAUGUAUAUAUAUUAUUCGAAGCAUGUUUUCUCAAAACCGCACUUUAGCCAUGUUUUUCACAUAAAAUACUACAAAUUAAAAACUUUUAGUCCGAAUUUAAAAUAAUUUUUACCAUUAAAAUCAACGUCCAAAUCUAUACAAACAUAAUAAAAAUCCAAAUUAGACUAGUCGGGGAGAUUCGACUGAAACCGUCGCAGAGAUUCACAUUAAAGAUAUGAGAAUGGGGAAAACAUGCGGGCAUCAUUAACACUAAAUUUGCUGUCAUGUCGCGGGCCGCAAAAUAUCAUCUUGCAGGCCGCAAAUGACCCACGAGUUUGAGACCCCUGCUUUAUAUCCACAUAGCUGGUAGUUAAAAAAAACAUGACAUCAGUGGCGUAGCGAGGGUGUUUGGCGCCCGGGGACAAGAUUCACGCCCGGGGACAAGAUCCAUUUUAAACGCCCCUUUUUCUUUUUUUCAACUCUCAAACCCAUUAUUUUCAUCUAUAAAAUAAUAUCAAAGCACAUUUUGGCGCCCCUAACUAGCUGGCGCCCGGGGACAUCUGUCCCCCCCUGCCCCCACCACGCUACGCCUCUGCAUGACAUCUCCCUCCAGUAUGGUGACAAAUAAUGUUAUAAGUUGAUGGUAAACUCAAUAAGUUAGUCAAGAUGGAUAAAAUUUACUUUACUUUGUUAAUUUAAAGACACUGUCAUUACAACAGCUAGCAUAUUUAACCUAAGAAUUAUGUCUAAUUACAUAUAAAUUGUUAUAUUUAUCUAUUGAGUCAAUUUUUUAAAUACAAUUGCUAUUGACCUGUGGAAAAAAAAAAAAUAAUUAAAAAAAUUGAUUUUAACUUAGCUUUUUAGCUUGUUUUAAGCUAUUUUCAUUUAAAAGAGGCUACUGCAGCGAAAGGGGAUUAUUUAUUCAUGCUUUCAAAACGAUCAAAAUGAUAAAAUAGUUUUCAAUUAAAUUUAUUUUUUUUGGUACAAUUUUUUGGGCACUUUUUUGUACAGUUUUUGAUCCCACAGUUUGGCACAUAUCAAUAUAAUAACUAUUUUUUUUCCUAUUUCCUGUGGCUGAUAAAUUAUUACAAAAAAAAUGAUCCUAAAAUGUUCUUUCCUUUUAGUUUACUUCCCUUGAAUGGGAUGGGAAGGGUUGCUUAAAUUCAAGGACUGUUGUUGUUUAAAGCACAUCCCCUUGGCAGCAUAUUUUCCCAAAUAUUUUAGCCUCAUGGUUUUCAAGAUAGUUUUGGCUGUACCAAGGAUCUGUCUGAACUUUCACAAUAUUUUACGUUGUAUUUUCUUAUAUGAAUCUCCUCUAUGUGACUAUCUCUUUCUCUCUUUCCCUAUCACUAAUUUCUGUUUUUAGACUUUGCGCUUUCAGACUCCACCAAAUCCCAUCGGUCAUUUUGAAUGAACCGAUUAGCAAUAAGUUUGAAAAGAGUAAGAUUUUUACCCACUUGAAAUUGAAAAUAUUGAGGUUAAAAAAAAAACAUAUUGAAAAUAUUAUUUCAUUAAAGUAAACUUGCAAAAAUAUUGACUGAAUUAUGUCCACAGAAUUAUUAACUACAGCAGUGAUUCCAAAACUUAUGAAUUUGCUGCCCUGUGUUCCUGUAAUGUACUGUAAUAAAUGACAAAUAACAUUACCGAAUGUAAUCUAAUUUUAGGUGUUUUAAUUUUUACCCCCCUUACCACAAACAUUUUGCGAAAAUUUAAGAAAAUUGUUUGCCAUCAUCUUAGUCAACUUUAAGUUCUAUGACUGUGAAACCUUCGUCUUGUUUAGAAUGUCUAUGUGGAAGUUCGAGAGCAAGGUGCAUGUGCACUCUGGGCACUGGCAGGUAACACAAAGACUCAACAGAAAAACAUAGCAGAGAGGAUCACUAUUACUCACAUAAUACAGAUGUUACUGGAGCCCACAGAGAAGCUUCUCUAUGUUGGUAGGUCAUUGGCUCUAAAAUCUUUGUUUGCAGAUCACUGGCUCUAAAAUAUAAGUUGGUAAUAAAGGGGAGACACUGCAGUCAAGUUAAGUUAAAGGAAAUGAGCGAAACAAAGUAUGGGAAAACCUGAACAAAGAGUGCACCAAAACAAUGAAUGUGUUGGCAAGAAGCCUUCUUAAGCAAACAAACAAAAGUGAAAACAAUAUAAAAUAAAAAUAAACACUUAGCUGCAAUGUAGUAUCUGAGAGUACAGCAAGAGGAAUGUGAAAGUAUAAGUUGGUAGGUCAUUGGCUCUACUAUAUAUGUUGUAGUGUAAAUGUACAAGGUCAUCCCAUGGAGUUGUUGCUGAGUUUAUUUAUCAUUAUUAUCCACUAACCAGCUAGUUUAAACAUUUUGCCAUUUUGAAUUGUGAAAUUAAGGUCUGUCUGAAAAUGAAUUAUUAUUUUAAGUGUUUGAGCGCUCAAAAUUUUAAACUACGCUGGUAUGAAUUUCUUAUCUUAGGUAAAUUAUUGCAGUUUUCGUGAAUUUGAAAUUUUGUUUAUUUUACUUGUGGUAAGAUGUAAACCUAACAUAUUUUCCUGAAAUCUCCAGGUUGUAUGACGGCUAUUGCGCUUGGGUCUGAAAAUAUUUCCAAUCAAAACAAGCUGGCAAUGGCUGAUGCUUUUUCCCAACUAGUAAGGUUGCUGCGGUCACCAAAAACUUCACAGAAAGUUCUGCAUAUGGUGAUCAAAGUCCUAGGAAUUCUGUGUGUCGGUAAUAUUAACUUACUUAUAAUUAUAAGCAUUAUUGGUUUAUUUUGUACUUACCAUUAACAUUACUUAUUUCAUUCAGAAACACUCAAAGUGUCUAAAGAAAUCUUUUAAAGUUAUAGAAAAUCCAUGCUUUUAUCUCCUUCUCAAAAAUUUGAAUUUAAUCUUGUUUUUUUUUGGGGGGGGGGGGGAUUAAGCUAUCUAAUUUUAGUUUAAAAAUAAUAAUAAAAAAAUCAAAUUUAAUAUUACAAUUUAAAACUCAAAAUCAUCAAAGAACAUAAUCAAAUGUGUUUUCCGACUGAAAUCUGAAAGUAGGACUGCAAUAAAUAAUGAUGGUUUUAAAAUGUAUUAAAUAUUUUUUUUUUUACUUCCUCGCUGUAGGUGUUGCUUACAGAAACAACAAGGUUACUCAGGGUAAAAUAGCAGAUGAGGGUGGCAUCCCGGUCCUAGUUCAUCACUUAGCAAAGCCACCCAAUGAAGAGAUCCAGGUGGAGGUGGCCAUCACACUUGGCUGUGUUGUCCUCAGCAAUAAAGAGAAUCAGGAGAAACUAGCAGAUGAACCAGGCUUCAAGUUUGACAUUCUUUUGAAUUUGCUCCGAGCUAAAGAUGAUGUAAUUCAUUUCAUAAACCCUAACUUAAAUAUAGUUUGAAAUAAAAUGUUUCAAUGCUAAGGAGAUUAUUGUAAAUUUGAUUCAUCCAUUUCAUUUAGCAAGAACAAAAUAAACAGCCCACCAUUUAUUCAAUAUACUAAUAUUCCUUAAAAAAUUGUAUAAAUGAGUGAUUAAUAGAUCUCUUUGUGGGUUCAAAUAAUGUAUAAAAAUAUUCAACAGUAUAAAUUUCAUAAGUCAAAUUCUUGAGUACAUUGCCACAUCUAUAUUAAUAUAUUUAAAGAUUUUAAAACUUAUUUCUUUUUUAUCCUGACAGGAAAUUCGACUCAGAGCCGGAAUGGCCCUGACAAUAUUUGCAUUCAACAAUACGCCUCAACAGUUUUCUAUGCGUGAAGCAGGCGGCAUUAAAUACAGUGUGUUUGAUAAGUUUAUCCUGAGUGGUGAUGAGUUCUACCAAUGUUACGCCGCCUUCCAGGUAAGCCAACUGGACCUCUCGAAAUUUUAUUUUUUAUUCUUCACUAAUGGAGGUUACUUUUAGAAAAUGUACAAUUUUUUUGCAAUAUUAAUUUUGUCAUAUUUUUACUUCUGCCAAACUAAUAGUUGUAGUUGUGUACAUCCAGGUGGUUCUCUUUCUUAGCAAGGGUUAUCAUAGAUAAAGAUCAAGUAAGCCUAAUUAGUUCUGCCAAACUAAUAGUUGUAGUUUUGUACUUCCAGGUGGUUGUCUUAGCCAGGGUUAUCAUAGAUAAAGAUCAAGUAAGCCUAACCGCUCAAGGCAUUAUGUUGCUUGUGUCAAAAUUAAGUUGUGAAGAUGAGAAGGUGGUCGUGUUGGCCUGUAGCCUGCUAGCAGCUCUUUCUCACACCAGAGCUGGUCUCACAGAUGCCAUGAUAACUUGUGGCAUUUUGGAUCAGUUGGUUCUACAACUAGACUCACCCAAUGACAUAGUAAGUCUUUUUAGUCACCACUCAAUGAGAUUGUAAGUCUUUUUGGUUUGUGUCACAAUCAAAUUCCCUUAUGUCACAAUUAAAUUUCAUUGUCAAUAAUGCUCAAGGCGAAGUGUUUCAAAUAGUGACUGAUAUUUAACUCUCAACAUUCACAAUAAGAAAUAUAUCUCACAAAAAUCGGAAAAAACUUGGAAAAUAUAUCACAUGAAUAUUCAAUUACUAACUUCUGGAUAAUAUAAUCUUCUUUUACUUGAUAAAAUAUCAACACAAUAUUAACCUUCAUUACAACAUCAACGGUCUCUUUUCAUUCCUCUCAAAACAAACUCUAUUAAUCAACUCCCCCGUCCUGAUUGGCCAGUUUCUCCCCAAGUCCCAACACUCUGUAUAUUAUAUAACAAAUAUUUACCAUAUUACUCCCAUUAGUAUUCAUAUUUGUGACAGUUAUCACCCAAUGACACCGUAAUUCAUAUUGGUCACUUUCAUUUUCACACCCCUUAAAGUUAGACUCACCCAAUGACAUUGAAAGUCUCAUUGGGCACUUCCUCAAUUUGCCCAUGUUACUUAUCUAAGAAUUUAAUAAAAUUGUUUAUGUUUUUAUUAAAAUACUGUAUUUUAUGUUUAUACAUUGUUAUUCCUUUUUUUUUUUUGGUUGUAAGUUUUAUUUAUUUUGCAUUGUCUUUGGUCUAUAUUUAAUUAUAUUUAUUUAAUAACAAUAAAAUUUAGUUUGCUUUUUAAUGUAAAUAACCAAAUAAUAUUUCUUCACAGCAGAGUUAUACCGUUGAACUUUUGAUGUAAAAAUUACUAAAAAUAAACAAUGUUGAAAAUGUUAAGCAACUGUCAAGAGCAACAGUGGGUCUCUUUUUCUGUAACUCAAUUUAUUUUUCUCCAGGUAAGAAAUGGAGCAGCUGUUGCCCUGGGAUAUUUGACCUUCAACAAAACUGCGUAUCGACUCCUUUUUUCUCUUUGUCGAAAUGUUCCUAAGUUGUUUGAUAAGAUUAUGAGAAACAUUGGAGAAGAUCCACGGAUAUGUGAAGAGUUCAUCAAUGACUUUAAACGAGCUACAAUAAUAGGUUUACCAACUCAGUGGUAAGUUGUCCUAUCAUUACUUUCAGAAAGAAUAAAAUUAAAAGUUGUUUAAAAUGUAAUCAUGUAAAAAAUGAUAAUUAUAUGGUAACUUAAAACCUUAAUAACAAAUUUUUUUACAAUUUCAACUUUUCAAUCUUCUAUCUAUGUUUAACCAACUCAUUUAACCAAUGGUAAUCUUUCUAAGAAACUUUUGGCUAAAUUAUUGAACAAUUUGUUCUUUAAAUACAUUUUAUCCUAUGAUUCCUUUGGUUUUAAGCAAUGCAAAAGCCCAAAAAAACCAAAAUCUGUUCAUGAUUUUCAAAAUUAGCAGCAAAUUAAAAUCUUGAUCUCUUAGAAACCAAUUUAAAACUAUGGUCUAUCUUAUAAAAAUUAGGCAUACCUCACACAUGAAACAAUAUAUAUUUUUUGUAGUUUUAUUUUAGAAUUAUUAUUUUUUCAAUUUUAUUGAAAAAUUCAACUUACAAAAUAAUUAACCUUAAAAAUAGUAUUUUCUGAUGGUCAAAUUUAUACACAGUGCUUAGGAAGAGGGUGUGUUAUUUUGUGGACACCUUGUGAAACUUACAUAGCAUAGGAGCCUGUGCUAUCAUGACUCCAUGGGGUCAAAAAGGAGCAAGUGCUAUUAUAGCUUCAUGUUCUAGAGCAGUGCUGUCCAAAUCCGUGGCCCAUGGGCCACACCUGAUUUUAAAUGGCCCACUACAGCGUGAGAGAUUUUUAGGAUGUGUAUGGUAUAAAAAUUAAAACAUUUUCGGUGAAAAUAAAUUUUCAAACCACAUUCAUUGAUUUAAUGCUGUUGGGAAAUCACAUGAGAAGUUCACAUGAACAGGGAAAAGGGGGAGGUCACAAAGUUAAGGAGUCGGAUACCUUCACAGGUAGCAGUAAUUUAUGUUAAGGCUAUCAGCAGAGCAAUCAUUUGGGAACCUGUGUGACAUAAAAUCAGACACUAUCUUCUCCUUCUUUCUGUUGCUUCUACAUUGUAGGCGUUACAGGGUGUCAGGUAAAAUUACUAAUGACAUUGGGAAAGAUGAAUAGAAAAACCAAAAUUAAACUUGAUAUGUAGCUAUUUGGUCAUUGUAAAAAUAUCCAUGCCACCACCAACGGUCGAAUUUAGAUGAAAUAGAUGUGCACUGUGAGUUCACUCUUUCGCUUUGUGGGAUGAUAAUAAUAUGACAGGAAAGUCUUUGGGUCAGAGUAAUUGAGAUGGGAGCUGGGGUGCAAUAAAGGUGUCACAACUGAAUGACUAUGGUUGGCAAAAUGAGCUAUUUAUGGAACAGUGUUACCUGUACUUCAAGCAGGUAGUCAAGCCAGGUAUGGUAGAGUGUGUCCAUCCUGUAUUGUUGUGACAUUAGGGGAAAGUACCUGGGAUUCAGAGAUCUAAAUAUGAGUCGUUCAAUGAGUAGAAAGCAGGAUACAAGCUGUGUUUGUUUGUAGUCUGUGCAAUUCAGUCAAGGGAGAAGGGUGUGAAACAGUAGAAAUCAUCAUCAUUAGUGGCGCUACAGCCCAUGUAGGGCCCUGGCCUGCUCCACUACAUCCUUCCAUUCGGAACGAUCCAUGGCUUUCCGCCUCCAUAGUCAAAAAGGUUUGACAGCACUGGUCUAGGGGGAACUUUCGCAUACUCUCACUGUCGCUCAAGAUUAAAAUUGUGCAAAUAUGAACUGAUAGUGUUUUAUAAAUUCUGUAUACCCAUUUCAGUUUGGAGAUACAUGGUGGUCCACCAAUUCAAGCAAGAAAAAAUCAGAAAAGUAACUUAAGAUCUUAUUUAAAAGAUUUGCCUUAAACUAUAGUCUUAUUCUUUUUUGAGGAAAGAACUCAAAGAUAUCAUGAAUUUUUUCUGAUACCAAAUGUAAACUAGAAUAAGUGCAUUUAGAAACAAAAAAAAGUUAAAUUUAAAUUAAAUAACAUUUUCUCUACUUGGUCCCAGAGAUGGACAUUUAAAAAUAAUAGUUAUAUGAUUAUAAAAAAAAUUAAUUAGUUAAAACUAUGUUUUUUCAAAGUAUGUAAAUUACGCAAAUUGAAUAACUGAAAUUUUAAUGAAAAUAUUGUUAAUAUAUCCAGAACGUCGUCCAUGUACAACACAGACAAGCUCAAAGUACCAUAAAAAUGCCAACAAUAGUCGUGCUGUAUCAGCCCCUACCACAUCCACUAGAAGUAAUCCAACCCUCCCAGACAUUCAUUCAGAGGGAAAUUUUGUGCAGGUUUAUAAAUUGUUGUUGUAUACCAGGGACAUGCAAAAUUUUUUAAAGCUUUUUACAACGCCGGCCUUAGGUAUACUUUCACCCUAUGCGAAGCACCGGUUAGGUGUCCCCUUCCCUGUCCUUAUAUGGCUCCACUCUUUUUCCGAUUACGACGUAGGCUAUGGAGCAGGUGUUAUGUUAUGAUGUUAUAUAUGUAGCUAACCAUUUUAACAUGCACAUUAAUUUAGACUGUUUAGUUUUUCUAUGGUACUUCAUACUUCACUAUAAUAAACUAAGAGAAUUUAAAUAUUUACUGGGCGCCUCAAGUGCUCCUAUGGCCAUGGUGCCCUUUGCAAGGGCACAGGUCAUACACCCUUAAGGCCGGCGUUGCUUUUUAUCAAGGAUGUUUCAUAAUUAAUUUAAUUAUUUACUUUAAAAAUUACAAUGAUAUUACUUUAUAAAAAAGGUCAUAAUGAUUAUGUUAAAUUAUGUAAAAUUUUGUUUGGCCAUUUCACAUGGUGCUUUUUUUAUUUUCCAUUACUUAUCACAAAUAGAAGUUGUUCUCCUUUAAAUCUAACUAUGAUAUUUGUGUUGUUGUACUAACAUUAAUUAGUAGCUGUUAAAUUUCACCAACCAACAGUAGGAUUUCUCCAACUAACUGGAGGGGUUCUCCAACUAACUGGAGGGGUAAUCCAUUACUUUCUGUAAUUUAAAAUCUUAUAAGCCAUUUCAUUUCAUAAACUUUUUUCUUUUCAACAGAUGUUUUUCAUGAACCUAUGAAAUAAUGCAUUUAAAAUUGAUAACACAAAAUAACAUGACAUUUCACUAAUAAGCCUACAUGCUAAUUGAAAGAAGAUAUUUUUCCUGAAUAAUAUUUCAUUGAGAGCCAUCCUUGAUAGCCACAUUCCAAUGACCUAAUGGGCAAAUAGGCUACUGACCCAAUGGGCUAUGCUUUCCAUUGGCUACAUUUAAAUUAAGACUCUGUAUUAUGAUUAUACUAUUACAAUUAGGAAACAAAGAGUUUUUGUUUUUUUUUAUUCUAGAGAACUUCAGCAGUUCAGAGGUCAACAUCAUCAUCAACUGGUUUUUCCAGCAAGGCUGGGAGUAUCAAAGUCAAAUCUAAAGAUGGAAACAGUGAAAAAUGAGGCCAUCUUGAACUAUUUACAUUACAUGGGUUUAAAAUGUUAUUGAGAAUGUGUGCCGAGUGCAAAAAAUUUUGAUUUUAUUUUUUACUUCAAUAAAA